AUGGACGAGACGCCAACUGGCCGGAAACGACCACGGCUAGACCCUGCUGACCCUUAUAAAACGCCUAUUGGGAGACCUCGAGAUGAGACAGCCCCCAGGCGCAACCCGUCAAAGGCGUCGUCAAUGUCGGGUUCCAGCGCCUCAUCCUAUCCAUCGCGCUCAUCAUCGCCAUUGAAGCAGCAGAUCAUGCGUCUACGCAUUGACGAUACAGGUUUCGACAUACGCGAUCUCAAAGUUGACAAUCCUCCAAGCCCAGAGGUUGACCAUCUUUUGCAGAACUUGAACGAUAUCGGGAGUGGCCUUGAGUUUCUCCCUGAUAAUCUGCGUGAUGAGAUUCUUGGAAGCCCCAUGUUUGACUUUGGGCAUCUUCCAGGACGUAUCCCUUCUCCACAAGAAGUGUCGCUGGUGUAUGAAUGCGCCAAAGACUGUCGCGACUUUGGGCAUGAAGAAGCAGGUUGGAAUGCAGAAGUACACCAGCGUCUGCUAGAAGCUGUCUUUAGAGAGCCUGGAAAGACGAGAGGAGGACUGUACAACUUUACAAUGUCCACCACUGCUCGGCCGCAUUCAAUGUGGCUACCCAAGUCAAUUAGAACCAAAAUGAUUGACUUUUGUAUAUAUGUCGACUUACAACAAGAGGAGCCAGAGUCCUUUCAAGCGCUCGAGUCUCUUUGCAGAACAACACCACCACCACGGUCAAUCAUACCGACUUCGAGCGACUGCAGUUUCGUCCCAUUGUCCUGA